CGACAGUAGAGAGCAUUCACUACAACACUAUUAUUGAAUAAAUGCUUUCAAUGAGUAUUAAUUCACUAUUGAUUUGCCUUUAAAUCCCAUUUACAACAAACAAUCAAUUGUUUACUAAUUAUCUUCUAUUGUCUCCAUUGAAGACAUUGAUUGUCACAUACAUUGAGUCCAAUGUCUCAAUAGUGGACACACUCUUCAGUGUCUUAACAAUCCGUUUGUUUUUCAAAUUCAAUACAAAUUAUAAUCAAAAAUAUAUUAAAUUUUGUAAACAUUUGCCACAAAAUUAUCUUAACUUAAACACCGGACCAAACCAUGUCUUCAGACGAUACCAUCGAUACUAACAAUUUGACGAAUAUAUCGACCAAAGAGGAGAAGGAAGAGGAGGAGAAGCUGAAGGCGAAGUACCCGCACGUCCAGAGACCCGGUCCUCAGUUUCUUCAGAAACGACUUCAAAAGGGGCAAAAGUUCUUCGAUUCGGGCGAUUAUAAUAUGGCAAAAGCGGCCGCCAAGACGUCUAACCGUUUGCCGCAAUCGAAACUGUCGGCCGUUCACAUACCGGAGCCGUCAGCGCCGGCGCCCAUUCCCACCGGCGAUACGAUCCCAACGCCCGACUGUUUGGCCAACCGGAAGACAUCGAUUCACGUUCAGAGCAAACUAGUCUCCGGCGCCCCAUAACACACACCCGCCCACCGAUACCUCACUUAUUGAGCGCCUCUUUUAUGGAAACACGUGUUGUUUCCGGAAAUAUGAAUUUUAUUAUUAUUUCCCUAUUUUUGUGUACAGUUUUACGGCUCAACUCUUUUUUGUUUUAAUUUUUUUUUAAAAUUUCAAUUCAAAGUGAAGUUUAAUUCAGUUUUUAAUUGAUUGAAAGUUUCACGUUUUGAAACCCACUUUACUUUUACUUUUAUAUUUCAGUUUCUGUUGAGAAAUACUUAUCGGAAAAUCAAGUUUUAAUUCUAACGAGAAGUUACUUUUUAUUUAUGCUUUUAUUUCAAGAAUUUUUGCCCCCUUUUUGUUAUUUAAACGUAUAAUUGAAUUGAAUUAAUAAUAUUAUUAAUAAUAAUAAACGAAAAGCCC